UGUCAUAAAUGAGGGAACAAAAAUGUCAUUUACACAUUUUUCCAUAAAAUACCUCCGCAAAUUAUGAUCAAUUUAUUCUGGUUCAACACCCUCAAAGCAUUUCGUGUGCUUCGAAUUCGACAACUACUAAGAUUCCAACAUAGACAAUCACAAAGUCAAGUAAAAAUUGUGUGUCCUGGCAAACCGAAACCCUUGAUAGAUUUUAACUGUAAGGUAGCCCUAAUAACUGGUGGUUCUGACAGUACUGGACUAGCUAUUGCGCAUGAACUACUAGCAGAAAGCGUUAAAAAUGUUGCUCUUGUUGGUAACGAUACCUGUAGAGGCCGUGAGGCUGUUCUAGCAUUAAAUCGAGCUUAUGGUAAAAACAAAGCAGUUUUCAUCAAUUGUGAUGUACAGUCGAAAGUUCAGGUAAAUGACAGUUAUUGUAAAGUCGUCGCAGAAUUUGGAAAAAUAGACAUCGUGAUUAAUGCUGCUGGUGUCUUCGACGGAUGUAAUUGGGAAAAGGAACUGAUGACUAAUCUAGUUGGGACCAUCCAUAGCAUGUUAGAAGCCUAUAACGUAAUGAGUAAGGAAGAACGUGGUAGUGGUGGUGUUAUUCUCAAUUUCUCUGGACUGCAUGGUGGGCUGAAGCCUCUAUAUCCAGCACCUACUCUCUCAGCAGGUCACCACGGCAUAAUUGGACUUUCAACAAGUUUUGGACAUGAAAUAAACUUUAAGAAUACAGCAGUUCGCGUUGUAACGCUUUGUCCUGGAAUCACCAACACCAACUUUGUCAAAGAUGCAGAAAAAAGAGCACUCAAUGAAAGAAUGGGAAGCCAUCUGCAUAUUUUAUUACGUAAAUUCAAACGACAAAAAGCUAGUGUCUGUGCACAGUCCGCAAUGCACUUGUUAAAACAUGGAAAAUCGGGUAGUGUUUGGGUAGUUGAGGGUUCUAAAUUGUACUCUUUAAAUAUUCCCAAGUGGAAAGAAUAUAGGGUUCUUGAAUCACAAUUAAUAUAAUAAAAACGUUUAUCAA